AUGGCCCAACCAGCUCAACUCAACCCUCUCCUGCCAACCAAAACAAUCCAUCAAUUCCCCCUCCCAACAUGGAUCGAAAACCUCGCCAUCCGCUCCAACGGCACCAUGCUCGUCACUCUCCUCACAACACCCGAACUCUACCUCAUUGAUCCCCAGAAGCCAUCUCCAUCCAAUGCAACUCUCAUUGCAAAACUCCCAGACGUCCUUGGACUUACAGGUAUCAUCGAGGUCCAACCCGACAUCUUCCAUAUCGCAGGCGGGAAUUUCAGCUUGUCGAGCAGGGUCUUACAAGAUCUGGGAAUCGCGGAUUUAAGUGCUGUCGCGUUUCCGAAUGGAUUUGAGUUGCUGUCUAGUGACGAAGGCAACAUCUUGAUCGCCGACUCGGAAAUUGGUGCGGUUUGGAAGCUGGGUGUUGGAGAUGGAAAGCAUGAGAUUGCUGUUAAAGUCGAGGAGAUGGAACCUCCGGCACCGCCGGGAAUGCAGAUUGGUAUUAAUGGGAUUAAGAUCCGGGAUGGAUAUCUGUACUGGACGAAUACGGGGAAGAAGACUUUCUGUAGAGUUCGGAUUGAGGAGAACGCUGAGGCUGUGGGUGAUGUGGAGGUGCUUGAAAGUGAUACAUUGGUGGAUGACUUUGUGUUUGACGAUAAGGGGAAUGCUGGGUUGGCGCAGAAUGUGACGAAUGUGAUUGGAGUUCGUAGAGCCGCUGGAGGUGUGGUGGUCGCCGCUGGUGCGGGCGAUGAAUUGACUGUUGCGGGAGGGACAUCUUGUCAAUUCGGACGGACGGAUGGCGAUAAGCAUGUUUUGUAUGUGGCUACUUCUGGUGGAAUGGCAGCUCCGAUCAAUGGGACGGUGAUAGAAGGCGGAAAGGUUGUUGGUGUCGACACAAGCUCGUUUAAGUUGUAG